CAAAACUGGCGCACAUUUCAUGCGUUUAAGGUCACAUCAAGGUUGUUGUGUAGUUGUCUAGAUAGACUACUAUGAAAGUUCUUGGCAGGGAGCUGAAUAAAAACUCGUCUGGAUAUAUAACUCUUAUUGCAGAAAAUGAAGAGGAUAUGUGGUUAACGUAUAACUUAGUGCAGGUUGGAGAUAAAAUGCGAUGUUCCACUGUCAGAAAGGUUCAAAAUGAAUCUGCAACUGGUAGUGUACAGACAAAGCAAGUGAGAACUAAUCUGACAAUAGAGGUAGAAAAGAUCGAUUUCGAUUUACAGGGUUCAGUACUUCAUUUGAAGGGGCGCAAUGUAGUAGAAAAUCAAUUCGUCAAAAUGGGUGCUUAUCAUACAUUAGACUUAGGAAUUGAUGAAAAGUUUACUAUCACUAAAACAGAAUGGGAUAGUGUUGCAAUUAUGCUUGUUGAACAAGCAUCCGAUCCAACACAACAAGCUGAUGUUGCUGCAGUGAUUAUGCAUGAAGGCUUAGCAUAUGUUUGUUUAAUAACUAGUACAACAACUAUUGUUCGUGCAAAGAUUGAUAUUACCAUUCCACGUAAACGUCCAGGUUUACCUACUGCACAACAUGACAAGGGUUUGACACGAUUCUUUGAACAAAUAAUGCAAGCACUAGAACGUCAUAUUCGUUUCGAUA